CUCCCACGUACCGCUUUAGCCGACAACCACAAAUCCACACAGUGACAAUCAUUCAUCUCGGCUUGGAACAACAACACCUCAGUGCGACCAAAGAAUCCACCGGACUCUCACUUCAGCGCUCCUACUUUUCUUAGAAAAUCCGCUCUGGACUCGCAAGCGACAGCACAAUAUUGGGCAGCUACCGCGACUCGUUCUUCUCCCCUCAUCAUCUGAAUGACGGGCGGACGGUUCGACUUUGACGAUGGUGGCACAUAUUGCGGUGGCUGGGAGGAUGGGAAAGCCCAUGGGCAUGGCGUCUGUACCGGGCCCAAGGGCCAAGGCGAAUACUCCGGGUCCUGGAACAAUGGUUUCGAGGUAGUGGGGGUUUACACCUGGCCCAGUGGAAACGUGUAUCAGGGUUACUGGGCACAGGGGAAACGACACGGACUCGGUGUGGAAUCGAAGGGAAGAUGGAUUUAUCGUGGCGAAUGGACUCAUGGAUUGAAAGGUCGAUACGGGGUCCGGCAAAGUCUCCACACGCCUGCCAGGUACGACGGGACGUGGAGUAAUGGUCUGCAAGAUGGAUAUGGAGUUGAAACGUAUGGUGAUGGAGGUACAUACCAGGGGCAAUGGACAGGAGGAAUGCGACACGGAUACGGUGUGAGACAAAGUGUGCCUUACGGGAUGGCUACGGUUAUUCGUUCCCCUCUCCGAACCUCGAUGGCCUCGCUUCGCAGCGAACAGAGCAAUGGCACCGUCCUCCAUGCCAACCUUGACCUGUCAGACAGCCCAGCCGGCAUUAGAGGAGGCUUUGUUCUCAACUUCCACAGUGAAGGCGAAGGUGAGAAGAAAAAGGGCCUGUUUCGUAGAGGGUCCCUGUUCGGAAGCCUCAGAAACCUCCGAAAGUCAGACUCCAGGUCGUCCAUAUCGAGCAAACGCAGCUCUGCCCCCAGUGAUGCCGCCAGCUCCAUCAGCCGAAUCAGCUCCAGUGAUGCCAACUCCACCAUCAGCUUCGGAGAUGGAGUUGAUGAGUACAUGCCCCUGGAGGACAAUGUAGAUGCCACCACCACAGAGUCCUACAUGGGGGAGUGGAAGAAUGACAAGCGGAACGGCUUUGGUGUCAGCGAGCGCACCAACGGGAUGAAGUAUGAGGGUGAGUGGAUGAACAACAAACGCCAUGGCUACGGAUGCACAAUGUUCCCAGACGGCAUCAAAGAAGAGGGGAAGUAUAAAAACAAUGUGUUGGCGCGAGGCAUCAAGAAGCAGCUCAUUCCUCUCAAAAACACCAAAACUAAACAGAAAGUGGAUCGGGCUGUGGAAGGAGCCAUACGGGCAGCAGCUAUUGCCAGAACAAAAGUAGAAAUAGCCACAUCAAGAACAGCUCACGCCAGGACUAAAGGCGACGCUGCUGACCAGGCCGGUCAGUCAGCCAGUCAGGACUCCGACAUCGCCAGGGCAGUGGCCAGGGAACUGUCCCCCAACUUCCAUCAGCCAGGCCCUGAUUAUAUAAAGCAGAGGUUCAACGAACCGAUUGAACCUAUUGUUCAAGAGGAGAAGAAAGAAAAGACCCCUUCAAGUAGCCCUCAUUUCUACCGUAAAGGCACAACCCCAGACAACUCUCCCACCGUGAGUCCACAGUCCUCUCCCCCACCAACACCCCCGUCAACACAUACCCCGGAGCCCAAGAAGAGCUUCUUCAGCAAGCUCGCCCCCAAGCCUGGGAAAGAGAACAAGACCCCUGUAGCAGAGAGCCAGCUCCCGGUCAUCACAAAGGCAGUGUCUAAGACAUCGUUGAAACAGGAAGUAAGACAGGAAUUGCCUCAACCGAAACCGUUCAAAAUGGAGGAGUCGGUCCCCGCCAGCCCUGGCAAUGGACAGCUGCACACUGACACGGAGUACCACGGCUACUACGUGAAGGCAGACGUGAAGAUCCCUCAAGACGAACCUGAGGACAUAGAUGAGCAUGUUACCCCGUCCGCCCUCACCCGGAUGCCACCGCCAGCAAAACCUAUGGCGCAGUACAGGACACCCACCCCAAAACCUAUAGCGCCAAAGUCGGUAUCCAAAGAAAGCAAACCUGAAUCAAGACUUAAGAAACAAGAUUCGUAUAAGCCAAGAAGUCUAGCAGAAACUAGGAAACAAGCCAGCUUGGAGAUCACCACAGAUUUCGUAGAGGAAGAAUCAGGUCCAAACUCAAUACUGGUUGCCCUUGUAAUGCUGUUGAAUAUUGGUCUAGCAAUUAUUUUUGUCCAUUUUUUAACCUGACGGAAUCUGAACUGAGGGAACUCAUCAAAACUAGUGGCGCAGGCCCCUAUCUCUACAGUUGCGUCAAUGGCCUUUAAAAAUGGCGCCGGUCAGGCACAGACACAGGCAAAGAAGGACUGGAAAUAGAGUGAAACACCGGAGAAAGAUGAGAACAGGACCAUUCGGCCCAGACGCUGCCCCGUUUUGCUGGCGAUGAUUUGUGACGCGCUUAGGUUCUGUGAAAGCUGAAGCAAGCAGUCAUUGCGAAAGCAAAAAGAAAUAUCUGCUGAUCCAAGCUGUUACCAGUCAAGUGCAUUGCCUCUCCAUCUGCCCUGU